GGCCGAAAUGGACUAACUAAGGACGCCGGUGAUCGGACAAGGAGGAAGCGGAAAUGAACGAAAACGAAGUGAACAACGCCGGUGGGCGGUGGUGGGCGUUGGCGAGUGGUGGUCAGUUAGUAUGGGGAAUAUACGCAUUAAGGAGAGGUUAUGCCGGCGAAUGUGGUAUGAUGCCUCUUAAAGCCUUCGCCGUCGCCUCUCUUUUCGUCGGCGCAACUGCCUCCGCCUCUAUGGCUUCUCUUCGCGCCUACGGCAUCUACUCUGUCGAAGACAUGAAGGUUGUUGGGGAAAGUAUAAGAACCGGACUUGGGUCGACACGAGAUGACUAAAUACUUCGUGAAUCAGUACCCUAAAGAUUAUUGACCAAGGAAGAUCUCCAUCUUUAUGUAGUUUCUUGCUAAAAUCAUUCCAAGGGGAGCACAUAUCCGAAAGGGUAUCCCACCCCGUGCAUGUACCAAAGUAAUAAGUGCGUGACAUAUUUUUUUCUUUUUAUGUACAAGGUUAAUUACCUAAUCAUGGUUAACUAAUAUUUAUUCUU